UUUCAUCAUUCACCCUUCUCCCAAAACCCUCCUCUCUCUUGAAGAAAUUCGUAUGGGCUAUUGCUCUUUUCAUCUCCAUCAAAUUAAUAUUUUUGCUUCCAUCACCACAACACAUUUCCCUUCUAAUUUUCCCUAAUAUAUAAACAUUAAAAAAAAAAUCAUAAUCCUCCAAAUGCUGUCGACAUUUUCUGCUUUGCACGCUCUCUAUGUCACCCUAAUAUUCCUUAUCAUGGUCAAAGGAAGUUUAGGGACUUCAUUCCUAUUGGUCAACAGAUGUGACUACACAGUUUGGCCCGGAAUACUAUCAAACGCGGGCAGCUCCGGUCUAGACACCACCGGUUUCGAGCUCCCGCCCGGUGCCACCCGGUCCAUCAAAGCCCAACCGGGCUGGUCAGGCCGGUUUUGGGGCCGGACCGGCUGCUCAUUCGACCCAGCCACCGGCCAAGGCCGCUGCGCCACCGGCGACUGCGGCUCCAACCAAAUGGAAUGCAAUGGCGCAGGGGCGGCGCCGCCGGCCACCCUAGCCGAGUUCACGGUGGGCUCGUCGGGGAGUCAAGAUUUCUACGACGUGAGCCUCGUGGAUGGCUACAACUUGCCGAUGAUCGUGGAGGCAAGCGGCGGUUCGGGGGCGUGCGGGUCGACCGGGUGCAUGGUUGAUCUGAACCGGAUGUGCCCGGAGGAGCUGCGGGCAGGGGACGGGCAGGGGUGCAAAAGCGCGUGCGAGGCGUUUGGGACGGCGGAGUACUGCUGCAGCGGGGAGUUUGGGACGCCGGAGAAGUGCCGGCCGUCGCCAUAUUCCGAGAUUUUCAAGAAUGCAUGCCCGAGAUCGUAUAGCUAUGCAUACGACGAUGCUACCAGUAUAUUCACGUGUACCGGACCGGAUUAUACGAUUACGUUCUGCCCUUCCCUAACAAGUAAAAAAUCUUCAAGUUGGUCAGCAACCACAAAUGGGCUACCACCACCGGCGGCGGCGGCGGCUAGCGGUGGCUCACAUUCUCAUCCUGCAGAAGAUAGCCUCACAACGUGGCUCCCAAAUUUUGUGACCGGAGGCUCAUCACAUCUUGCGUUGAACCCUAAUCACAUUAUUUGUGCAGCGUCGACAAUAAUAUUCUUCAUAUUUCUUCUGUUGUAGGAUUCCUAUUUUCGUUCAGCAAAUUAAUUAUUAGGAAAUGGAGCACAUUGCCAACAAAACAAAAUUUUGUGUACAGAAACUCCGCAAUUAUUAUUUUGUUUUUGCAAAUUUUAAUUGGGAUGCAUGUAUUCAACAUAUUA